CAUCUAAGAUGGCGGCGUAGCGCUUAACUCUUUUUUUUUUUUUCUCUUCACGAUUUGGGGAGCUUUACAAAAGCAACAAAAACCCAACAGAGAGGAAGAUAGAACAGAUACCGUGGGAUUUAUCGCCGACUUUCUCCGCUGCGGUGGGAAAGGGCUGGCGGCGGGGAAGAACUACGAAUUGGACAAGCCGCGAAGCGCAAGCGCGUGGGCGCUGAGGGAGGCUGCUGUCACGCAUGCGCGCAGGCGGCGGCGGGAAGCGUGGCGCGCAGGUUGCGGCGGUUGGCGCUUCGUUCUGAGGAAACGAGGACGGGCUGGGCGCCUUAGCGGGCACACGCCGCGCUCCGCAGCGCGGGGGAAGCGGGGGGGAAAUUAUGAUAGCCUACAGACCAGUCCUAACAGAAGGAAGAAAACUAUAGGUGCUCACAAAUGCUUCUCAUCAGAAUGAAACUCCUACAGCUACUGGCUCGGAAAUCUGAGAAACUGGAAAUGCUUUUUCAGCCACAAUUUUACCAAAAGCAGUUCCCAUAUAUGUGUCUGGCUACCUCUGCUCAUCUUUAUAGCAAGAAGAAAAAAGCGAACAGUUAUGAACAAGUUGACCAAGAAAAAUACAAAAGCUUGGUAUGCUCUGUUACAUCUUACAAAGCCAGUGCUCAAACACCAGAGACAAUAUUUGAAGAAGACAAUUUAUUAUAUGGACAACCGCUUAAACGUAAAUCUUCAAAUAAAGUUGAAACAAAAACUCCUAAGAAUUGGGUUUCUCUAAUAAAUCCCAAAAAGACAAUUCCGCUUGUGAGCAGCAAUUCAAACCGCCCCAUGAAAAUUGCUUUACAAAAAAACAAAAUACCCAGUGUUACCCGUAUUCUUCAACAGACCAUCUCUCCGCAGCAGGCCUUUUAUCUAGAAAGAUGGAAGCAAAAAAUGAUACUGGAACUUGGGAAAGAUGGUUUUGAAGAGUAUACUAAAAAUCUUUUCCUCCAGGGAGAGCUUUUUCAUGCAGCUUUGGAAUCUAUAUUUCUGCCUGAAGAGAUGGCUGUUAAGGAGCAAGGAGAAGACUCUGCUGUUUCUGGCUACCUAUCAAGCGUGCAACAUGUCCUAAAAGAUAUCAGUGAAGUUAAAGCUCUGGAAAGUGCAGUUCAGCAUGAAACUCUUCAGUAUCUGGGCCUGGUAGACUGCGUGGCUAAGUAUCGAGGACAGUUAUGUGUGAUUGAUUGGAAGACAUCAGAGAAACCGAAGCCAUUUCUGCAGAAUACUUUUGACAACCCACUGCAAGUUGCAGCAUAUAUUGGAGCCAUAAAUCAUGAUGCCAAUUAUGACUUCCAGGUUCAUUGUGGACUCAUUGUGGUUGCCUAUAAGGACGGCUGCCCCGCACAUCCACAUUUCAUGGAUCCAGAUCUUUGCUCACAGUACUGGAAUAAGUGGCUUUUGCGUCUUGAAGAAUACAUGGACAGAAACUGACCCAAACUAAGCUAUGCAGAGGCAAGUGAUCUGAGCACAGAGCCGAAGCACAAAUCUUUUGUUUAAGUCUUUAUUUAGUAAUUCUGUUCUUAGUAACUUGAGUUAACAUCUAUCAUUUUUUCCCCUUAAAAAAAAAAAAGAAAGAAAGAAGAAAAAUCAGAAUGGGAAAUGCACACUUGUCUAAGUUGUAGGAGACUUCAGUGGAUGUGGCAAGACAGAGUAGAACCUGCAUCAUCCCUAUAUCUUUCCCUCCCUGUCUAUACAAUUUGAAGUUGAUAGGAAGGUUUGUACAUCAGUUAGCUAGAUGAAGUAAAAACUGUUCAAUCAUCCUCCUUUUGUUUUCAAGAAAAAGCUGAGACUGAGAAUGAAAAAUAAAUGAAUAUUGUUGACUGGGUUUCAGUCAAGGUAGAUCUUGCCCAUUUCAAAGAUAUCUAUUAACAGGCCUGUUACUAUUUGUGUUUUUUCUUACAGCAACAAAUGCAAAACUUGCACUGUGAACUACAACCAAAGCUCACAUAAGUACUUAUUUUAAAUAUUACAAAAAAAGUUACUUGUUUAACAGAAGUGGCUUAGGAGCAGAGGAGCAGAAUUGUAACUGAUACACGUAGAAAUUUCUAGCAGGUGUUUUAAAAGACAGGAAGUUUAUUACUUCUGGUAGCUCCUGCAGGUUCCAAAACAGGCUGUGUAAAAAGCCCCUGGGCUAAGGAAAAGAAAUGUGAAAAUGUAAAUGGGCUACGUGCCUUUGGUGGUGGGCUGAUAAUGGACACUGCGCAGGGCAAGUCUGCAACUAUUUUCAGCUUUCCUGACUUUCUUGUGAGUCUGAGCAGAUGAGGAGCCUACCCGUGCAGAACUAUUUCUAGUGACAGGUUUAAGCAUUUUCCAGUGCAAGUGGAUUUCUUUGCAGUCACAGAUUUCUGAUUUCAGACUUUGAAGCUGGGCAUUCUGAAAAGCACUUUUUUUUUUGAGAUUGCCUUUGUUUUGUUGUUUAAAAUAACAUGAGGAAUAAAUGUUCUAAAACAGA